AUGCUCGGUCUAGCCUCCCUCUCCGACAGCCAUGUAGUUCAGCUGUACGAGUGGGCCGAAAGCAGCCCUGCGGCAGUGCUCACUUGCACCUGUCGACAGGUCAUACGCUUGCCCACCAUCCCGCGCUUCUCACACGCGCUUGGAGGUCAGAACCUCUUCCUCCAUCAUCAGACACCAUGCUUGUUCGUCCAUGUCUGCGGUAUGAUCGUCGGCGUGCAGCCCAAAGACGACCACAUCGCUUACGAGAUCGACGACGGCACCGCGGUUCUGCGCAUCUUGGUGAAUCGCAAAUCAAUCCAGAUCGACAAGACGUUGCACUUUCUCACAGCUCCUGAACCUCCAUCUGGCAUUCCUGAGUGUUACCGCAUGCCACCGCAACCAAAAACAAGUCGCCCCGGCUAUGGUGAUGCCUCCAGCUCCACAUCCACGCUUUCGCCGCCACAGCCUCGAUUCAACGUGGCAGACGUGGUCAUGUGCGUGGGCAAGGUACAGAUCGCCCGCGAUGGCGGUCGCUUCAUCGUCGCAAAAUCACUCGCUUCCUCCCGGGACCUCAACGACGAGAGCCGACACCAAAUCAAAGCGGUCGAGCUCGAUAACAACCUCUACCGCCAACCUUUCGACUGGAACAGAAUCCAAGCUGAUGUCAAAGCUUCCCUCGCUACCCAGCCGACAACAACCAGCCUAUCGAGACCGUCUGCUAGGUCGCUCCUCACCGACGCCUCUUUGGAACAUGGCGUGGACGUGCUGCCCUCGCUCGCACCACAUCGCGACAAACACGAAAGCAUCCCAGACACUCGUCUUACUCGAGACGAGGCACGAAAACUAUUGGCGAGCGACACACCCUCGUCGCCCAUCGCAUCCACGUCAGCCGCUCUCCCCGUCCUACCGCGCUCCUCCGGGACCAGUCGUCGCAAGUUGCGCAGCCAGGCAAAGAUUCCAGAUCACAGCUUGACCGAGUCCUACUUCCAGCUGCAGCUUCAACACCACAUCGUUCAGCACUAUCCGCACCGCCCAUUCGCCCUUUCCGACCUGGGCGCUAGUGCAGAUCUGGCGUCCUUGGCGCAUCGUCUUGUCGACGCCCGCAUGCAGCUGCGCAGCACCACCCGCCGCACCCACGCAACCCACUCGGCAGCACAGGCCAGCAGCGAACAGACAUCAGACAAGAUCCGCCGUCUCUUCGAAUGGGCCCUGCGCAAGAUGAUGCACGAUGGCUUUAUCGUCCUCUCCGCCUCGACCGUGCCAAGAUCGUCGACCAGCGGCGCGGCCAACAGCGAUUCCUACCGCCUCGUCACUCCAGACUACCUGCUCGGCUUCCUGCGCGACAUCAUCGGCGCCGUCGACAGUCAACCACCGCCUGAUCAUCAUCAUGUCCUGGCCAGACUGCGCUCCCUCGACGAACGAUUCCGCUUUCUCAAUCCACCCGUCGUCCAGGACAGCAUCGCCGUCUACCUCGAUCGCUACGCCCCAAUCGUGCUCGAUUAG